AUGGACACUAUCAAAACGGUAAAAGUUGUGGUGGUUGGAGAAUCCGGAGCUGGAAAGACUGCUUUACUCACUUCGUUUCUUGAGAAUUCUUUCGAAACUGACCCGCUGACAACUAUUGGAAUCGAUUUUAAGCACAAGAUUGUACAGUUGAAUGAUGGACAGUCGAUUCGUCUUCAACUGUGGGAUACAGCUGGACAGGAAAGAUUCCGUCAAUUGACACCUGCUUACAUCAGAAGUGCCAAGGUUGCUCUUUUGGUUAUUGAUCUCUCCGACGACAACUGUGUGGAAAACUUGGUUAGAUGGAAAGGGAUUAUUGAUAAAAACAAGAGUGAUUUCACUGCAACAAUCAUAGUUGGAAAUAAAUGUGAUCUUGUCAAUGAAAAACGAUCGCCUCGUUUGAUCAAUAUCAUCAAGGAAACUAAAGACGAGUAUAUAGAAACAUCCGCGAAAACCCGGAAAAACAUCAAAGAGCUCUUCUCGAUGGUUGCAUGUCGCCCAUUUCCGGAACACAAAACAAGUCAAAUUGUUUUGUGUAUGUUUUGA